CCCUAGUGAUCUUCUCAGGUAUCAAUUUCGGUGUUUUGAUAAUUUCGCUUGUGAUUUUGGCUUUUCUUUCAACGCACCAAAACUAUGGGAGAUCUGUUGAAAAGUGUUAAAGAACGCUCUGUAAAGCGAAAGCGUCUCUUGGCGCAAACGCUUGGGGUUUCUAGUGUGGAGGACUUGAAAUAUAUCCUUGGAACGGCGGAAGUGGAAGAAACAUCAUCUCCAAGGAGUGUUCGAGAUGACGACGACAAAGCGCCGUCAUCGAAAAAAUCCAACACGGAAAAUCUCUUCUAUAGAGAUUCGUCGACAUUUCUCAAGGGAACGCAAUCGUCGAAUCCUCACAAUGACUACUGUCAGCACUUCGUGGACACUGGCCAGAGGCCACAGAACUUUAUUCGCGACGUCGGCCUGGCGGAUAGAUUUGAAGAGUACCCAAAGUUGAGGGAGUUGAUCAGAUUGAAGGAUGAGCUAAUAGCAGAAACAGCCACGCCUCCUAUGUACUUGCAGGCUGAUAUGAAGUCGCUGGAUCUGAAGAGUUUGGGCACGAAGUUCGACGUGAUACUAAUUGAGCCUCCGCUGGAAGAGUACGCGAAAGGCGGAGCGGCUGUGGCCGGCGGCGCAAGCCGCUCUUUCUGGUCAUGGGAGGAGAUUAUAGACCUGGAGAUUGGUGAACUGGCAGCGCAUCGCAGCUUUGUGUUCCUCUGGUGCGGCAGCUCUGAGGGUUUGGACAUGGGACGCAACUGCUUGCGCAAGUGGGGCUUCAGAAGGUGCGAGGACAUCUCCUGGAUACGCACGAACAUCAACAAUCCGGGCCACUCGAAGAUCCUCGAGUCCAAGGCGGUGUUCCAGCGCACAAAGGAGCAUUGCCUCAUGGGAAUCAAGGGCACCGUUCGCCGAUCCACGGACGGUGACUUCAUCCAUGCAAAUGUGGACAUCGACUUGAUAAUAUCGGAAGAGGAAGAGUUUGGCAGCUUUGAGAAGCCCAUUGAGAUAUUUCACAUCAUCGAACACUUCUGUCUAGGACGCAGACGCCUCCAUAUCUUCGGUCGUGACUCCAGCAUUCGCCCUGGAUGGCUGACCAUUGGCCCGGAGCUCACGAACUCCAACUUCAACAGCGAGCUCUACGCCAGCUACUAUGCUGACAACACCACCACCGGCUGCACCGAUCGCAUCGAGGCGCUGCGCCCCAAGAGUCCGCCUGCCAAUGGUGGAAAGGUGAUCCGCGGUCGCGGCAGGGGAGGAUUUUCACGUGCACGUGGACGCGCUAGAUAGUUAACUGGGAUAAAUAUUAAAUUACUUUUUUACU